AUGGAUCUCCGCCAUGAGCUCUCGAUAAUGACACUCGGCGAACGCUUGCUAGUCAGCCAGGAUAGUCUUUCGAGCGCACCAAGGGUCUUAGAUGUUGGUACAGGAACGGGACUGUGGGCCAUAGACAUUGCCGACAAGUGCUCCGGGGGAGGAGAAGUUGUUGGCAUCGACCUCAGCCCGAUCCAGCCCCGUUGGGUUCCUCCAAACUGCCACUUUCUGGUCGAUGACGCCGAGAAGACGUGGGACGAUUCGAAGAAAUACAACCUUGUCCACAUACGUUACAUGGAGGGUGCAUUCACCGACUGGCCAUGGAUCUUCGAGCAAGUGAUGACAGUCUUGGAGCCUGGUGGAAUCAUCGAGGUCCAUGGUAUCGACUUCUGUCCCUACGCUCAAGAGGGUGAAGUGCCUGAAGUGAUCCUGACAUGGAUCGCACAGUUAUACGACAUCACGAAGAAACGCGGCAGACCCAUCGAUGUCAUAGGUGGCUACGAGACGUGGAUGGAAGCAGCAGGUUUUGUGGAUGUAGAAAAGCACGAAUUCGCCCAACCCCUGGGGCCAUGGGCAAAGGAUAAGAGACAAAAGACUAUAGGAGUUUUGAACCUUGAAGCGACCCUGAAUGGAGUUGAAGCCUACACCUUGGAGCCAUUCAGAGAAGCGGGUUGGUCAUUAAAGGAAGCAACGGUGCUCAUUGCACUGGUCCGGCACGCAUGUCAGGAGAACUGGUACGGGAAUCAGCUGCACACAAAGCUAGUCGUGGUUACGGCUCGCAAGCCCGGCGGGGCAAGAUAG